AUGCCAACAAAAAAAGGCAACGAUAAAGAACAUGUCGAUAAAAAGCCGGCUAAAACAGAUAAACAAAAAAAGGCUGAAGCUGAAAUGAUGAAAAAUCUUACUGCUCAAUAUAAUGGUGUUUUGUCUCCUGAUGAUUUAAAAGGAAUGAAAGAUAUAUUUGAUACAUAUGAUACAAAAAAUGAAGGUUUUAUUAAAACAAGUCUACUUGGAAACAUUCUGCGUACAAUUGGUUUUAAUCCAAUUGAAAGUGAUGUUCAACGAGUAACAAAAGAAGUUGAUCCACAAAAAACUGAUCAAUUAAAAUUUCCUGAAUAUGUUAGUGCUGUUUUAAGUAUUCCAACAAGUGUUACUGAUAAAGAUAUAAUUCCUGCAUUUCAAUUAUUCGAUGCAGAAAAACGAGGUUUAUUAGAAGCUGAUGAAAUUUUAAAAUGUUUAACAAAUGUUGGAGAAAAAUUAGAUGAAGUUGAAUCUAAUGCAUUUAAAGAAAAUAUGAAUAUAAAUGAACUUGGUUUAUUUGAUUAUAAUGAAUUUUUUCUUAAAUUUACGCAACCACCCGAAGCCAAAACAAAGAAAAAAGGGAAGAAAAAGAAGAAGAAAAAAUAA